AUGGCUUUGAAAUCCUCAAUCCGCAAUCUGCGGAACAACCCCACCUUCCUCUUCGUCCGGCUCCCGUACAUCCUCUCGUUCCUGUGCAUUGUCGCCGGCGUGAUCUGGCUUUUCCUUCUGCCCCUCAACGACUACUCCCGCAGGACCUAUAUCUCCGAGAACGCGCUCUUGCCGGGCCAGGUCCAUGCGUAUUUUUCGGGUAGCGAGCAGCAUAUUUUUCGCGGGUAUAAGAAGGAACUUGAGGGAUUAUUAGGGAGGAAUGUUGGUAAUAACGGUGGUGACGAGGUGCAGGGACAGGGAGAGGAACAGGAGCAGAAGAACGAGGAACGAACUCCGGUGAUCUCGGAGAAGAUACAGUCGAUCCUGAAAGCCAGCGGGCUGAAGGUCGCAACGCAGGGCUACGAGUAUACCUCUUCAGGAAUCACGCACCAGGGGGAGAACAUCUAUGCUAUCAUCCAAGCGCCGCGCGGAGACGCGACUGAGGCUAUUGUUCUCGUUGCAGCUUGGAAGACCGUGGAUGGCGAGUUGAAUCUCAAUGGGGUUACGCUUGGGCUGACUCUUGCAAGGUAUUUCAAGCGCUGGUCUCUAUGGUCGAAGGAUAUCAUUUUCGUGUUUCCGCCUGAUAGUAAGUCGGGCACUCAGGCGUGGGUGGACGCAUACCAUGAUAUGCAGCCGGAUACUGUUCAGCCUCUGCCUCUGAAGAGUGGUGCUCUGCAGGGAGGUCUGGUGGUCGAGUAUCCGUUCGACCACCGCUUCGAGAACUUGCACAUUGUGUACGAUGGAGUCAACGGUCAACUACCGAACUUGGAUCUCUUCAACACUGCUGUCUCGAUAGCCGGUGGGCAGAUGGGGAUCGGAGCCCGGCUACAAGAAAUGUGGGAGCACAAUGGCAAAUAUGAGAAGCGGCUUCAAACCAUGCUGAGAGGGAUGGUUAAACAAGGUCUCGGAUACGCUGCUGGGGCCCAUAGCAGCUUUAUGCCGUACCAUAUCGACGCUAUCACGCUUCAGACCAAGGGCAACGGCUGGCAAGAUGAGAUGGCGCUGGGCCGCACCGUGGAGGGUCUAUGUCGCAGUCUCAAUAAUCUCCUGGAACAUCUGCACCAGAGUUUCUUCUUCUACCUUCUCAUGCAGACCCACCGGUUCGUCAGUAUCGGUACUUACCUUCCCAGCGCCAUGCUCAUUGCUGGUAACUUCACCAUCAUGGCCAUCGCCUUGUGGAUACGAACUGGCUAUUACAAGGGUCCCGUCGGCUCGUCAAAACCUGCCGCUGAGCCUCGCGAUGAGAAAACAAGUGAAAAGGGGAAGACACCGCUCGUUCCUGAGGACCAAGUCUCGAAUGCACAGGAUCCUACCAGUACAGCUACGGAACGUCAGCUCGCGCUGCCACUCACGCUUGUCGUCGGUCUACACCUACUAGGUCUCGUCCCACUUUACAUCUUCAACAAUCUCUCUCAUGAGACCUACCCCCUUGCAACCUACACCUCAAUAGCCACAAACGCCAUCCUCCCACUAACCCUCGCCCCCCUCCUCUCCCGAAACACCACAACAGCACAACAAACCCACCUCAUAAAAUCCCUCUCCCUCCUCCUCCUGGGCCUCUUCCUCUCAACCCUUGCAACCCUCAACUUCAGUCUCUCCUUCAUGAUCGGCCUCCUCUGCGCCCCUCUAUCCUUCGUGCACCGCUUCAGCACCGAAUCAAAGCCUGUGCGCUACGCCCUCUCCAGCCUCACCCUGGUGUUCCUGAAUAUCCUCUCCCCGCCGAUCGUUCUGCUGGCCGGGUGUGCGUAUUUCGGGGCCGAUGUUGAGACCGUCCUUACCGAAGCGGCGUUCGGGUGGGAUGUUUGGGGCAUGUGGACGCAGGUUGUUGUUUGGUGUGUUUGGUGGCCUGCUUGGGUUGUUGGUGGCGCGGUUGUGGGGAGUUCGCUGUUUUAA